CAAUUACAAACGGGUAUGAGUGUAAAGAAGGCACAGACCUUAACCACAUUCGCUGGACAAUGACAGACCCCGAUAUCAUCCUCUACCUCUACCCUAUCGAUGGCUUGGGCAACAAAGGCGCCUCUUACGCUAUUUCCCUGCCCGAGAAUAAGUCGAGGUUCGUCCCAGCGGCCGCCAGCAGCAGCUGUAACAAUGUUCGCCGCAGCCGUCACGACAGGGAUGCGACCGAGGAGCCCGAAGAGCGUGGACGCUUCAAUGGGGACCCUUGUAUCGUGCUCAGGCUCAGCCAGAGCACCUGA